AUGUAUUCCUCCACCGCUCAACCCUCUGCAAAACGCCUCGCCGACGUGAUCCAGUCCUAUCGUCCUGCAAAGUCUCUUCGUAAUUCUUCUCCGAACUCUGUCAUCACAUCACUCGACUUCGACGAUACGGGAGAGUGGUUGCUGGCUGCCUGUGAUGAUGAGUCCAUCCAGCUGUACGAUUGCAAGCUAGGGAAACACUCAAAGGAACUCUUCAGCAAGAAGUACGGCGUCCACCUCGCCAAGUUCACCCAUAAUCACACAAAUUGCAUCUAUGCCAGUACCAAGCAGGAUGACACAAUACGCUACCUUUCCCUGCAUGACAAUUCUUUCAUCCGAUAUUUCAGAGGUCACAAGCAGCCUGUCAAUAACCUUGAGAUCUCGCCCUUAAAUGACCUCUUUCUCUCUUCAUCGCUCGAUAACACCGUUCGCUUCUGGGACCUGCGAUCCUCAAACUGUGCCGGUUGCCUCAACAUCGAUGCUCCUGCCCAGAUCGCCCAUGACCCAACCGGCGUCUCAUUCGCUGUCGCCUCGCACCACCAUUCCCAUCUCUUCCUCUACGAUAUCCGAAUGUUCGAUAAAGAACCUUUCGCCAUGUUUCCAAUCUUAGACGACGAAUACCUCAAGCAAUUCAGCUACCCUCCCAUGAUGCCUGAAUGGACGAAGGUCGAAUUUAGUAACGACGGCCGUCUAAUCAUGAUCGGUACUAACGCCAAGGUCCACUACAUCAUUGACAGUUUCAAAGGUGAAAUAAAGUGUAGACUCCAACGGAAGGGUCCGACACCUGUAGGCAGAGAUGGGAAGUGGGAUAUGUUGAAGGCGAGCGGAGACGUUUGUUUUUCGCCCGAUGCUGGAUUCGUCGUCGGUGGCCAGGAUAAGGGACUGGCCAUGUGGGAUUUGAGCAUGAGAAAACUGGAUAAGGAUAGGAAUUUGAUGCCAUUCAUGGAGUUGGAGAGUCCGAAAGGACCGGCUAGUGUAGUGGCCUUCAAUCCGAGAAAUCAUAUCUUUGCGACGGCGCACAAGGAAGUCUCCUUUUGGCUUCCAGACCAGCACGUGUCGUUGCCAUCCCCGUCGAGAGAUUAG